GGAAGCUGCUUGGUGUCGGUUCUUGAAGGGGCUCGGUGGUGGCUGUGACUGAACUCGGCGUCGGGGCUUGUCUGUUCCAAAGGAAGCGCCAUGGAAGAUCAGGGUUGCCCCCGGUGUAAGACCACCAAGUACCGGAACCCCUCCUUGAAGCUGAUGGUGAACGUGUGCGGGCACACUCUGUGUGAAAGUUGUGUGGAUUUACUUUUUGUGAGAGGAGCUGGAAAUUGCCCUGAAUGUGACAUUCCACUUAGAAAAAGCAACUUCAGGGUGCAGCUCUUUGAAGAUCCUGCUGUUGAUAAGGAGGUUGAGAUUAGAAAAAAAGUGCUAAAGAUAUACAAUAAAAGAGAAGAAGACUUUCCUAGUCUGAGAGAAUAUAAUGAUUUCCUGGAAGAAGUGGAAGAAAUUGUUUUCAACUUGACCAACAAUGUGGAUUUGGACAACACCAAAAAGAAAAUGGAGAUAUACCAAAAGGAAAACAAAGAUGUCAUUCAGAAAAAUAAGUUAAAGCUGACUCGGGAACAGGAGGAAUUGGAAGAAGCUUUGGAGGUAGAACGACAGGAAAGUGAACAAAGAAGACUGUUUAUACAGAAAGAAGAACAACUCCAACAGAUUCUAAAAAGGAAGAAUAAACAGACAUUUUUAGAUGAAUUGGAGAGCUCUGAUCUCCCUGUUGCUUUACUUUUGGCUCAGCACAAAGAUAGAUCUACCCAAUUGGAAAUGCAACUUGAGAAACCUAAGCCUUCAAAACCAGUGACAUUUUCUACAGGCAUCAAAAUGGGCCAGCAUAUUUCAUUAGCACCUAUACAAAAGCUUGAAGAAGCUUUGUAUGAAUAUCAACCAUUGAAAAUAGAGACCUGUGGACCACAAGUUCCAGAGCUUGAGAUGCUGGGAAGACUUGGGUAUUUAAACCACGUGAGAGCUGCCUCUCCUCAGGACCUUGCUGGAGGCUAUACUUCUUCUCUUGCUUGUCGCAGAGCUCUGCAGGAUGCAUUCAGUGGGCUUUUCUGGCAGCCCAGUUAACCUUUAUGUCUCCUUUUAUGAGAUUUGGACCUUGGAGCCGAACCAGCAAAAGUAAAGCCGACUUGUAAAAUUAUAGCCAUAUGCAGCUGUACAACAAAGCUACUACAAGCAGCUGUGUUAAAAUACUUAUAAGGAAAAAAAAUUCAGAAGUAAGCUGAAUAUUACAGUGGAUAACUAUUUGUGGAAAAAAAUAUUUUUUACUUUUUCUGAAAAGGACUAAAGCUCUAAGCCUCAUGUGGAAGAUAUGAAUAAAUCACAUUAAGUCACUUAGUAUUUUUAGGCUGACAGAUUUGUAAAAUCAUAAAAAAAUAAAGCUAGACAUUAUAUUAA